UGAUGAUUAGAGAUGAAUCCAGGUAAAUGGAAACUUAUUUGUGCUGGGGAAUCCUCGGCCGGGCGUGGGCGGUAGAAACUCCCCUGUUGGGUAACAUGUCUAAACCUGUUCCUCCUGGCUUAUAUAAAGCCAGACUGCGGCUGAUUCAGACCACAAGACCUAGACCGGAUCUCUGUACCUCCAGACCCCAAAAACCGCAACGGCUGCUUUCAGUAGAGCUGCUAUCACAGCUGAGCGGAGACGAGCAGAGGAGAGCAGAGCAUCAUGGACAGGCUUCAUUCAGACAGGUGUGACAGUGUGGAGCUUGAUCCUAAUCUAAGGUUUUGUCUCAGUCCUCCUGGCCAAAGCCCACCAUACACACCUAAUUUAGAGGUGCUUCAAAACCUGGAGAAGAAGAAUCAAGAGCUUCUCGACAUCAAUAAGAAAUGGGCUGAACGAUACAGAACACUGAGACAGCAUGUCAAAAGCUACGAGCUGAGGAAAGAAGAGAAGGAGAAAGACACUAAACAGACUGGACAGGAGGCUGAGCUGAGGGCCCGCCUUCAGGAUGCAGACAGAGAGAUAGCAUGGCUGAGGAUGCACUGUGACACUCUGACCAGAGGAGGGCAACAGCUAAAUGAAGAAAUCAUGAGACUGAAUACGGUCCUGCAGAAGAGCCUGGCAGUUCAACACAAGAGAAACCAGAGAGAGGAAAAUGUUUGGAAACAUCAGGCUCAGGUGUAUAAGGAGGACUUCUUUAAAGAGAGGAAGGAUAGAGAAAUGCUAAUGGCCAAAUACACAGACUUGGAGGAAAAGUUCAAGAAAGUCCAUGAUGAGUUACGUGCUUACAAAUUACAAGCUCGGUGGGCUCAGUUAGGCCCCUCGACAAGCCCCCCAGCACACACAUAACCCAUGUGAUGCAUCAGCGGAGUCCCAUUCAGCUACAGCAUAAAAAACGACUCAAAGCUGACCUUAUUAAGAGCUUACCCUAAGCUGUGCUGCUCCCUUUAUAUAUACCUUUAUUUGUCUGACUGUGUGAUGCUUAUUGUUAGUGUAUUAAGCGUGUUCUAUUAUUUAAAUGGAAUAAUUUAUCUGUAAAUAAAGUUAAUUAUAUACAACA